AUGCCUUUGUCCCAUCUCUUCAGAACAUGCAGUCUCAAAAGCUUCAUGGGCCAUAAGAGGAAGAAGUCUGCGCUGCCGGCUCCGCUACCUUUAGCCGCAAGUGCAGUCACUUUCCCUUCAUCUGAGCUGCCAUCUUCGGAGAUUGCUGCUGCGCACAGCACCUCGCCCGCGAGCGCUGCACUUUCCGACUCCACUGUGCCUACGAUCCCUCCAUGGACCCCUCCGGAUUCUCCAUCGCAAUCUAUGCCAGAGGCGGUCGUGUCUCCUUCUCCAGAUACUUCUUCUCCCAUUCCACAAGAGUGUCGAAAUGGAUUGCACGCCAACCGUCUCCAUUUGAACACCACUUCCGACUCGUCGAUGAGCGACGUUUCUGUCUCGACCACUGACGAUGACCGCGUUAUGAGAACACUUACCGUGGUUUCUGCCCAAAUCAACAAGCAUGGUAGCAGUUCGAAGGCCGAGCAAGCGUUGAACGCCCUGGAUGACAAAGUUACCACGAUCCAGGAUCAAGAAACCCUGGUGACUACUCUAUAUGCCCAAAUCGAGCCGGCAGUGGCUCUUGAAGCUGUCAGUGGCGUCAAAAAAUCUAUCGAAGAUGGGAUAAAUUUAUUUCUUGACGGCAUGCCUGUUUUGAUGAAAGCUUUGGAUGAAGUUGCGGAGAUUCACCCAUUCGUUCAAGCGGCCGUCCUCGCAUUCAAAGCUGUGCUCGAAACGAAACGGCAGGCAAAUGACGCGAAAAUUACUGCUCUGUACGUGGAGAUGAAGGAUAUGAUUGCGGUUUUGAUUCAAUUGAAGAAUGUAAAAGAUGUGGAAGAUGUUGGCCCGGGCGGCAUCACUCUGAAAGGCCGUCUGCAGAAUCUCGUGAAGACGACUGCGAACGACAUGAAGAAAUGUGCGAAUGCAUGUGAUGCGUAUUCGAAGCUACUUGUGAAGAUCCUCACAGGACCACUGUGGGAAAACAAACUCGCGGAUUUUGUCUCCACAUUCACAGAGCGUAGGACCCAAUUUGAAUUCACUUUGUCAAUUCACAUUGGCCGUGGGGUUGACGAGGUGAAACGGAAACUGGAUAAUCUAGAGCAUGGUAAAAACAUGUUACUCAAGUUCAUGCGAACCUAUGUUCCGCCAGAGCAAAGAGAGCUUGUCGCAUUGGUGCAAAAGAAGGGAGGGACUAAGGCCGUUAUGGACAAUGAGGAAGUGCUGAAGGAACUCCAUUCCUACGGAUCGAGGCGCCCUACGAAGGCUGGCGACACGCAAAAUCAAGCAGGACAUGCUCGCGGCGAAGACGAUUUUAUAGAGCUGAAGUCAGAUCUUCAGCAAGAUCCUGAUGAAGCUGUCGAAAAAAAUCUCCAAACAUUUGAGCGCAAGUUUGAGAUGCAGAAGAGGCAGCUCAUCGAGGAAGUGGAGAGAGUGGUGAAACGCGAAAGUGACCGGAUUAUCGACUCCGUAACGUCUGGACCGCAUGACAAGGUCGUUGAUCGGGGAUGGCGCGGUACUGUGGAGGCUAGACACUUCGUCCUUGCUCUUCGGCAUUACUACCACGAAAAGACAGAUGGCAAGACCAGGAAGGAGUCUGCCACCAAGAGUGUUCUGACCCCUGACCCCGAUGCGUGGGCUCUGGAGUAUCUCAGUGUCAAGAGGCUACAGUCUAUCAUUGAUGCGCUUGACGAGGAUGCUGCAGGAUUCAUAACUGUGGCGGAAGCCAACAAAUUGACAGAAGUUCGUCCUCUCAACUGGAGCUUACUCCACUGGAUCGCCUAUUGGGCUGUCGGAUGGCGGAUCAAUGCCACAAUCUAUAUCCGCAGAAUCAAUGAACUAGUCGGAAAGAUGUUUGCAAUCAAGGAGGAAGUCUAUGCUACGAAUGGUCCCUAUGUCGACGAAUACCUUCACACUGUAUGGGCGGGGAUCACUAGCUUGACUUGUUCGAUGCGGCCCAUGACAUCCAGCGAUAAUCUUCAAGCACGAUUCAAAAGUCGCAUGGAUGCAGAAGAAGAGCGUAUCCGCACAAAUUUGGAGGCUGUACGAUACAAUAUCAAUGACAUGGAGACACUGUCGCUCAUCACAGGACCUGGAACGAUCGAGAAGGUCAGAGCAUUUUCAUCUAUUGAUAUUUUCAAACAGCAAAAGCUCGACCUCGAUCAACAAUUCAAAACUAUCUGGGGAGAGCUCGUACGUAUCUUUUUCACAACUGUCACGCAGCACGGUCGAUCUAUUUUCUCGCGAUACAUUCAAUUGUCGACUCGUAAAUAUGAUUUUGGGCGUCCACUCGAAGGAGACGAAGAGGACGAGCUUACGCGGUGUCGGAAGAGCCUCACACCUACAGAUGCUCGGUUUUACCUCACUUUGUACCUCUACCAGUUCAGAACCACUGCUGUUCAUUUUGGUGUCCUCUGUGACAACUGUAUUGGCGUCAUUGGCGGGACACGCACGAUCUGCAUAGAUUGUCGUACAGACCGUGCAGUCCGCACCGUCGAUAUCUGCCAAGACGAACGCUGUCUGAGUGCAGAGGUCAGGCGGUCCGACUUGGCAUCGCCUCACCUUCCAUCACACGCGGUGUACAAAGUCAGGAGAACGGUGCAUGAUCGGGAGUUCGGCCAGUUGGACAAGGAGGCCCGAGUAGCAUUGCAAAACGCCAGGGCGGCACUCAAGGAUGCUGCGGAGGUCAAAAAAAAGCAGACCAAGGACGCAGCAAAGGAAGAUGAUCGCAGGGCCAAACUGGUGAACGAUAAGCUGAAAUGCAUCGUGUGUAAGAAACGCGUCGUGCGACCUUGUUGGUUAUGCAUGACGUGUCGGGAUGAGUUGUUCUGGCUCGUGCGCGAUGCGUGGACUCAUUUUGUGUCUUCAGAUGUAUACAUCUGUCUCAACUGUGACCCGACGGACGGUAUCACCAUCGAAGGUCACGACAAGCGUCAUCCUUUGGUCCGGUAUCAGGAGGAAGUUGCCGCCAAGAGACCUUCGAGGAUCGAAGCCCUGGAACGCAAGCUUGAUGCCGUGGACGGCAAAAUCGCCCGGGUCGACGAACGCAUUCAACAGCUGCUGCAGAUGAUGACCAUGGGUGCUCGAACGCCUAGCACAGUGGUGUCAAUCUCAGCGGAGGAAACAGAGUAG